UUCUAACGAUUUUGAAUUAAAAUCAAUUUUACUUGAGUGUUCUGUCAUCAGAUCUUCUCAUACAAGUGUAAACUUGGCGGUAGAAAUAGACAAAAUUGUAAAAAAAUUUCACCUUGAAGGCAAAAUCAUGAUCAUUGUCUCUGACAAUGCCAGUAAUAUUGUAGGGGCUAUAACUAAUGAACUAAAACUAAAACACUUCGGAUGUUUCGCCCAUACAAUUAAUUUAAUUUUGCAGGAUGCAUUGAAGGUUUGUCAGAGCUUAACAGAUCGCAUAAAAGCUAUAGUUUCUCAUUUUAAAAGAAGCACUAGUGCUACAGAGAAGCUAAGGGAAGUACAGAAAAAUUUGGGACUGGAACCCAAAAAACUAGUUCUACAAGUAGCUACAAGAUGGAACUCAACAUUUUAUAUGUUGCAAAGAAUUUCAGAGUUGAAGGAUGCUGUUAAAACGACAGUGGCUUUAAUCAAUAAAGAAAUUCCAGUGCUCACCGAAGAUGAAUGGAAGACUUGCUCCGAAUUGGUAAUGGUUCUGGAACCAUUUGAAGAAGUAACCAGAAAUAUCUCUGGGGAAAAUUACCUUACAGCUAGCCAAGUGAUUGGAUUUAUCAAUGGACUAGUUUCUGUCUGCAAUAAAAUGAGAAAAGAAACCCUAAGCGAAGUCUCCAAACGUGUAGUUGAUGAAUUGCUCAAAGGACUAAAAACCAGAUUUUCUAACAUUGAAAACAGCAAGACUAUAGCUUUGGCGACGUUGUUAGAUCCACGUUUCAAGCUUGCAGUAUUUUCAGAUGAAAAAUCAGCUGGAUCCAUAAAAACCUACUGCACUGAGCUCAUGUCAGCCAUAUGGAGCAAGAAGACAAGCACUUCUGUGACGUCUGUCAGUGGAAGUCAGGAAAAAGACGAUGGAAAUCAGCCUCUUACAAAACAGGCAAAGUUUUCUAUCUGGGCAGACCUUGAUAAGAUGAUAGCAUCCAAGAAACCGUCAGGUUCAAAGACAUCUGCUGCAAUUGUUGAAAUGAACCGUUAUUUAGACGAGGAAUGCAUCGGACGCUCAGAAAACCCACUACUGUGGUGGAAACAAAAUGAAGUUUUUUACCCUCUGUUGUCACAAGUUGUAAAAAAACAUUUUUGUGCAGUGGCAACAUCGGUCCCCUGUGAGAGAUUAUUCUCAAAAGCAGGAUACAUAAUUACAGAACGACGUACCAGAAACGAUGUGAACAACUGAUGUUUUU